CUACAAUGGGCGCCACAGAAACUAGUAGUCCACCUUUCCGGUCAUUCGCGGCUGAACAUGAAAAGCAAUCGCUUCUGCUCACACUGGACUUUGCUGCCACGACUCCCACAAAUUUUCACAAAGUAAAGCUUGGGGACACCCAAUUCGCGGAGCUCCCUCCAAACUCGAAACUUACUGGGACAGCGCCGUACCACUCUUAUGGUCAAAUGGCGGAAUCACAGUUUCCAGGUUGGAAGGACCUUGCUCGAAUCCUUGUAGUAUCAAGUUUUUGCAGCUCUGCAGUCAUCGAGAUAGAUUCUGAACACCGCGACUUUCCCCGUCUCGCAAUAAAGGGUGUUUUAUUCUUGGAGACUGAUGAGAAUCAACAGGAAUCUGCGGAACGUAUUCGAAAAGAAGCAGAGUUCUAUGGUCAACAUUUGCGGGAGUUUCAGGGCAAGCUUGUUCCGAAACAUUACGGAUUGUGGCAUGCUCCUACUUCACAAUGGGGCGGAGAGGUUAUGAUUGCGGUCAUGGAAUGGGGUGGCAUGGAAUUAGGCGCGUUUUUGAGACACAAGCCCAAGUCUGCUACUCUAGCAAUACGGCUUCGGAUUGUGGAGGCCUUAGAUGAACUACACGAUCAUGGCAUAUACCACACUCAAAUUGGGAAGGGACACGAGCGACAUAUACUUUGCGACCCCGAGGGUACAUCGUUUCGUUUCGUUGACUUCUCUGAUGCUGUAACGGGCCACGAUUGUCGACGCAUGCUUCCUGUCCGAACAUUCAUGUCAUAUCCAAGUGAGUGGAAAUUUGGAUGUCCAGAGGCAUAUGGUGCAAGAGAGUGCAUGCUCUUAUUUGAAGCUGCUGUGCUCCAUGAGGAUGAUGUUGAGAAGAAAUUUGCAUUCAUGAAGAUGCAACAAUUUCUUGAUCAAGGGAUGUCUCAAAAGGAAGCACUAUCUGCUGUAGGAAAUCUGAUUGACCGCUGGCGGAUGAAUCCAGACAUUCAGACAAAUAGAACCCUGCAUCUUGCUCUUGAGAGAAAAUUCAAUGCAAAUGCAGGAUUAGGUAGCAGGCAUUAGCUGUUGUCGCUUGUGUUCUACGGAGUUGCUAGCCUUUGUCAUUUGGUUGAGGCCUUGUUGACCAAGCCAUGGUUAUAGAUCACAUUUUUGUUGACGGUCACCGGGCUACCUUGUCAGUACUCUGAGCACUAGUACUUAAUCAUCCUUAUUCAGCUUUGUGAUCAUUGCUCUCUAUUUUGUCAUUCACCUACGUC